AUGCUUGCCAAGGCACAGCCUCCGCUGAAUGGAGAUAACUGCGUUUGUGUGGUGGCUGGGCAAGGGCGAGUUGCUGUGGUGGGGCAGCUUCUCCAAAUCAGUUGCCUGCGCUUAGCCUACUUGCAGGCAGCAGAUACCCUGGCAGUGCGACAGAAAAGACGUAUUUACGAUAUUACGAAUGUUCUUGAGGGCAUCGGACUGAUUGAGAAGAAAUCCAAGAACAGCAUUCAGUGGAAAGGUGUGGGGCCUGGCUGUAACACCCGUGAAAUUGCCCACAAGUUGAUUGAGUUGAAAGCAGAGAUUGAGGAUCUGGAGCACCGGGAGCGAGAGCUGGAACAGCAGAAGAUGUGGGUGCAGCAGAGUAUCAAAAAUGUCACUGAUGAUGUACAGAACAACCAAUUAGCCUAUGUGACAGAUGAGGACCUUUGCAAGUGCUUCCCAGGUGACACGCUGCUGGCAAUCCGAGCUCCAUCAGGAACUCAGCUAGAAGUUCCUGUCCCUGAGGGCUUAAAUGGCCAGAAAAAAUACCAGAUCCACCUGAAGAGUAGCAGCGGUCCAAUUGACGUUCUUCUAGUAAACAAGGAUGCCUGGAGCUCUCCUCCAGUGGUGCUUCCAGUCCCUCCCCCUGAAGACCUCAUUCAGUGCCAGCCAGUCACACCCUCUAAGAAGCCAUCCAUUCCCCAUUCCCAGGAGGCAUCUCUUCCCAGUGGCACCCAUCCUCCUGCAUCUGUCCCCAACAGCACGCAAGACCACGGAUCCGCUGCACCCAAAUCAGCCAGCGUGGCAGAGACAGGCAUCUCGUCGGCAGAAUCAAAAAGCAGUGGGGAGAUGGACUCGCUUACCCCUUCCACGGUACCCCCCAGCCCACCAGCUGGGCUUGACACGCAACCCCUCCAGUCCUCUGCCUUGCUGGACAGCAGCUCGGUCCUGCCCAGUUCCUUUACCUCCUUCGAACCGAUCAAGUCCUUCCCCACAGAGAAGUGCAUGAGCUCUGAGUUGCUUGAAGAGCUGAUGUCAUCUGAAGUGUUUGCUCCCUUACUUCGUCUUUCCCCACCUCCUGGAGACCAUGACUAUAUCUACAACUUGGAUGAGAGCGAAGGGGUGUGUGACCUUUUUGAUGUCCCGAUCCUCAACCUCUGACUCUGGGUGCCUGGAUGGACUUUUGGGAUACGGAUAUUUUUUUAAAGCAAAGAAACAAACCUGUCUGGAGGGAGGGGGAAAAAGCCCCGAACUCUUAAUUUUGGAUUCUUUUUCUGCUAGUGCUUGAGUGAUACACAGAGCUGCUCUUGUCUAGACCGAAAACAAACUAGGAUGGCAGCUUCGUCUCCAGCUUCUUUCUUCCCUGGCUUCCCUUGCUUCACUCCUGUGCUAUCCUUUCACUGAAUCCUGGGUGGGCCUGCUUCCCAGGCAUCUGCUGUUGAAUCUUCCUGAGCAGCAAAAGCGCUUCCUUGGGUCCCCCUAGCCUAUUUUGGCAUCCCUGCACUUUGCAUCUUUUUUUUUCUUUUUCUUUUUCUUUUCCGGUUACGAAUGGAACGGCUGAACUGUAGCCAGGCGGUUUUUGGGAAAACCCAUCACUGGCCUCUCUCUUGGCUUCUUUGUAGAAUUCCGAUGACGGGGCGUUCUCUCUUUAGCAACUGUCUGCUUUCGGCAUGAUGGAAUCCAGGAAUCUCAGCUGCUCCCUGGAUCAGUUGUAUGUGCUUAGAAGUGGCAUUUUGAGUAACAGUACUGGUCCAUCUCCUGUCAUGCAAAGCACGAAGCCCUUUCCUUUUAAGCUGUGUAGACUAUUGUGUAUUUUUUUUUUUUAAGGUGCCAGUUUUGCACAGUCACUUUCCUCCAAAGAGUCAGAACCGAAAAAUGAAUUGUAAGGGUGUGCAAAACAUUUCAGGCUUGAAGCAGUUGGGCCUGCCUGUUCUAAACGUGAAGCCUCUUGCACACCCACAAUGGGUUGCCCCCGUCUGCAGCUGUGCUGCAUCAGCAAGGGAAGAGCUGGCUGGGGCUUAUGGGAAUGCCCCUCAAGGUCCCGAGUUCUCCACCAGGAGCCCACCAUGGAGGGGGUUUAGUCACACCUAGUGAAAUGAGUCUCAGUAGCAUGUCGUUCUUCCAUAGCUGCUAGAAUAGGGCUUUUGGGGAUGCACAGGGACUGUUCCCUUUGCGAUUUGCCAGUCCUUAUUAUUACAUUGCCAGUCCUAUUGGCACAGUCCGACUUCUCUUGGGAACCUAACCACGACCUGCCCUUUCCCAUAUUCUGUUUGAUACACAUUAUUGGCCUCUCCAUCAGAGUCCUCUCCUGAUCCUUGCUGAUCAGCAGGACAUGGAAGGAGCCUUCGCCUCCCCCCUCCCUAUUGCACUUCUUAACAUCUGUCCCUUGAAAGCCAUAUCCUUUUAACCUCCAGUCGGCCUCUGUGUUAUGCCACAUGCAAACCCCAAACUUCGCUUUCCUGAUUCCUUGCUUUUGCACUCCUCCCAGGGGCAGAAGGCACCCCCUGCAGUGUGUCUGGUGGGAUGGGAAGGGAUUAGAUCUGAAGGGGGAGCUCUCUAGCAUCCCGGCCCUGAACUGCUUGGGUGAAAGUCUCUCUCCGAUGGGACUGAGUGAAGUGUGCUUAGAAUUGUGGAAGGGUUCAUGUGAGCGGGCAGGCCUGAUCCUGAUCUUUCCCCCUGUAAUCAGGGAAUGUUUCUGUUGUCAUAAGGGAGACCUAGGCACAGCUGGGUGGUCCUCCUGGGAAUCUGGCUAAAGGAUCCACAAAAGCAACCUUGAGUCCUUCUGGGUAGGAAAUGAAACGGAAUGUUGCUUUUCACCUCUCCAGCCUGGGAGCAUCUGCCUCUGCCUCUGGGCAGGUGGCUGUCUCAAAAAGCCUCUGGAGUCCGGUUCACCUCACCCGAAAGGACACAGCUCCGCCUCCAGGGUUUCUGGGUUGCUGCUCUGGCUCCGCAUGGCUGUCCCCAGCAAGCCAGAGGACUCUUUGUCUGCCUUUAAUGCAUCCCAUCCCUGCCUUUUGUACGUGGUUAGGCCUGCUCUUGUUUAGCAGCCAGACCUUUGCUUCUCUUUGCUGUCACCCUCUUGUGCCCCGACCCCUUAGGUGACAUCCCCCAGAGGAUGCAUAGAGGAAAUGUUCGGGGGGGGGGGAGAGAGAGAAAGGAGUUUUGAUUCAUAUAUAAAGAUUAUUUUUAUACUUUUUUGCAGCAAAAGAAACUUGCCUGUAAUAUUUGUACAGUUUUUUUUUUCCUGAGUGAAUAAACGGAGA